GAAUGCUGGUCAAGAGUAGCUUGUCAGCAGGUUAAAAGCAACAGUGACUUAAUAUGCAUACAUAUACCCAAAUUGGCUGGACAUAUUUGUAGGGUAGUUUGCUUGGUGACUGGAAGUUGGCAAUCAGAAAAGUAAACACGGAGUGCAUUGUAAUUUUAAUCCUAGGGCGACCGGAAGCAUUUCUUCUGCUCUUAAUUGGCCUUGUGUAUGCUGAAUUAAUGAAUUCGGAAAUUCCUCGUGGGGUGACUGGUCGUUGGAAGCUACAUGCCAUUCAUAUCUUGUUUGUUGGAGUUGCAGUCGUGGGCCGGAUUCUGGAGCGACUGGGUCUCUGCCACCAGAUUAGCGUGGUCCUCUGGGCCUACGGCAACUUGUUGGUCUGCAGGAGGCCAGCCCCUCCCGGCCUGCACAUCAGAGACCUGACGUUUGGAGGGGUGCCGGUCCGAGUCUAUCAGCCAACGGCGCCCUCUGCAGGCGGAAGGAGGGGGCUGUUGUACUUCCACGGUGGGGGCUGGGUCACAGGGAGUAUCGACAUCUCAGAUGAGAUCUGCAGGUGCAUUGCCAAGGAGUCGGAAACCACAGUUGUGUCAGUUGGUUACCGGCUCGCUCCUGAGCACAGAUACCCAGCCCCACUCGAUGACUGUGAGGUCGCCACCCGCGGCUUCCUGUCGGUGGCUGAGGCGGAGUUCGGCGUGGACCCGCGCAGGGUCGCGGUGGGUGGGGACAGCGCCGGUGCCAACCUGGCGGCCGCUCUGUGCCAGCGGCUGGCGAAGAAACAGGACGGCCAUCUGUCCUCUCCCUGUGCCCAGGUCCUAAUCUACCCUGUCCUGCAGAUGGCGGAUUUCAGCCUGCCCUCGUACCAGCAGAACCACGCCGUGCCCUUAUUGUUCCGCGGCCGGGCCGCCUUCUACUACCUGCAGUACCUCAACGGGGACGUGUCUCUGUGCCAGGACGUGCUGGAGGGGGCCCACGUCCCCCCAGACCUGCGGCUGGAGUACGGGAGGUGGCUGUCUCCGGAGCUCCUCCCGGCCCAGUUCCUGGCGCGAGGCUGCGGGCGGGUGGAGCCCCCGCCCUACGACGCCGAGGCGUACCACGCCGUCCGCACCGGCCUGGACCCGGAGAUGUCCCCCCUGCUCGGAGAGGACGAGGUGGUCCGUCGGACGCCGCGGGCCUUCGUCCUGACCUGCGAGUACGACGUGCUGAGGGACGACGGGCUGCUGUACCGCAGGCGGCUGGAGGACCUGGGCGUGGCCGUGUCCUGGCACCACGUCCCCGACGGCUUCCACGGGCUCCUCAGCUUCUAUGGGCUCAGCUGGCUGAGCUUCCCUGCGGCUGGACCCGCUAUGGACAGCGUUGUGCGCUUCGUAGAGACGCUCUGAGCGGGAGAAGGGCAGCCUGCAGCGUAGUGGUUAAGGUAAAUGACUGGGACAGACAAGGUCGGUGGUUCUAAUCCCGGUGUAGCCACAAUAAGAUCCGCACAGCCGUUGGGCCCUUGAGCAAGGCCCUUAACUCUGCAUUGCUCCAGGAGAGGAUUGUCUCCUGCUUAGUCUAAUCAACUGUAAUGUAAUGUAAUGUAAUGAGAAGGGUUUGGUGGGGGCAGGGCCUGUGUUAGGUGUUACUGAAAUAAAGAUACACGUGGAGACUAAGUGAGGGACUAUAGAAAUACUUUCUGGUAAAUGUUCAUGACUUCUCAGAAAACCCAAAUAAAUUGCAGUAUACUCCAUUGUUAAUUGAUCACCAACAAAAUGAAUUACUCAAUAUUUAGUGUCAAUAUUAAGUAUAUUAGAUGUACUUUGGGAUCAUUGUAAUGUGAUGCUUCAUGAUUGGGAGAUUUCUGUUUGUUUUAAAUUUUGACAGCUGUUCCCCAUUAAAAAUGCAAAGCCUCAGAA